GCACCCUCCUUCCUACCUCUACACCCUAGGCAGGGCUUCCUCAGGUGUGCUUGUCGCUCGUCGAUGAUGUUACGGGACCCACCACCACCACCACCCACCUGGGCAGGGAGAAACUCUACGAUCAUGGUGGUACCUAGGUAUGUAUUAAUAGUCUUCGCUCAGUAAAAUCUUUUCUCCCUCGUGUUAUUCCUGUACAACAAAUACAUCGCACUUUCGCUAUCAUCGACAUACAACCAUUCCAUUCUCUCUCACGGCCCAAUUCUCACGGUCGGAAACCAUCGCAUCCGCUCUCACUUUUCGCAACUUUCGUCAACGGCCUCAGGACGUCCGGGCGCAUUCUCAACGGUCAGCGUCAUCGACCCUAGCUGCCAAGUUCUGGAACAAAUACAACAAUCGUUGUCCCACUCUUCUCGUGUUGCGCUCACGACAGCUCAUACUCAAAUCAACACCUCUUUCAACAUCCGAUUAAUCGAACAACAACAUGUCGGAUUCCGGUGCGACAACCAUCCCUCCUUCGGCCAUUAUUGUGCUUUGUCUGGUCGGAGCUGGAGCUUUGGUGCUCAUCUGUUACGCUGCUGGCCGCCACUAUUACGGCCAGCACGAGCCCCAAGCCAACCUCGAGGCUGCAACGGCCCAUGACGGCAUGUCGCAAUUACAGUACAUGCGCGUGGCCUACACGCAGAAGUAUCCCAUGUCUUCAAUCACUUCCGAAGCGUGA